AUGGAUUUGGAAAAUUACACCAACGUAAACAUCUUUAAAAAGGUAUAUGAAAAGAGAGAGGUCUCAUCCAUUCACAAUGUCGUUGAGCAGCCACAUCACCUUCUUAAGGAUAACACUCAACAUGCCAAGGGUGGAUUCAACCCCUAUGUUAACAACUAGGGUACUACAGUAGCUAUUGCUGGCAAGGACUUCGUCUUAGUGGCUGCUGACACUAGAAUCUCCUAGGGUUUCAACAUCCUCUCCAGAGACUACUCAAGAACCACCAAGUUGACUGACCAGUGUGUUAUUACUUCAGGUGGUAUGGUCGCAGAUAUUGAGACUUUGCACAAAUUGCUGAUCGCAAAAGUUAAGACUUAUCAAAGAUAAUUCAAGAAGACCCCAACAGUUGAGUCACUUGCUCAACUUCUAGGAAACACCCUCUACGGCAGAAGAUUCAUGCCAUACUACGCAUUCAAUCUAUUGUGUGGUAUCGAUCAAAAUGGGCAAGGAUCUGUCUAUGGCUAUGAUGCUAUUGGUUCUUGGGAUAAACUUACCUAUGGUGUGCAAGGCUCUGGAAGUGAACUCGGAGCCCCUAUUCUUGAUAAUCAAUUCGUUGGUCACAACUAUCUAGUCAAGACUCUACCAGAUGAUGUGAGCGUUGUUGAAGAUACUGGUAAAGAUAUUAUUAAUUCAAUUGCUGAGAGAGAUAUUUACACUGGUGAUCAAGUUGAAAUAGUAAUAGUGGAUAAAAACGGAAUUCGUGUCAAAAGAGAACCAAUUAGAAGAGAUUGA